UCUAUAAUAAUAAUAUUGCAUUAUAAUAGUUGUCCGCAGAACGUCGCCGCGCUUGUAACCGCGUCACGCGAGUGUGAUAACGACAUAAUAUUUUUUGAGUCCGAUCAAACUAUAUUAAUAUUAUUGUCUCUAUAUAUAAACCGAUUCGUCGUGUGUUUUCCUGAAACGUUCAUUUAUUUUAUAUUGCUCAACUUAUUCGAAUAUUUGCCGCUUGAAAAUUCGUCCGACAAAAGCGCACAAUGAUAUAAUAAAUAUUAUUAUUACGAAAAUAUCAUCCCUGUCGUUGUUGUACCGUAAUUUUAAUAUCAACUACAUAAUAUUAUCAUAACAGUAUUGCCUUACCAAUAUAAUAUCAAUAUUCUUCAUUUGACGAGCGUCGUCUGAUAAUAUGGUGUUAACGACGUACAGUACGGCCAUCGCGCUUCUUGCUUUAGCGUUGUGCAUUUCGAGCACGCAGUGUGCCGCAAACCACCAGAAAGUCGGCAUUUGUACGUUUAUUGUCCAUCCAGUGUGUCCCGACCCUUCUAUCAAUUUUUACUUGUACACCAGAGAUAACCAAUAUGAUCCUCAACUGGUAACGGUCAAAAAUAUUACCGAGUCAUACUACAUCAAGUCUCUUCCAAAUAAGUUCAUCUUACAUGGUUUCAACAGUAAUAUGAUGCUGGAUGUACUUCAGUCAAUUAAAGACGAAUACCUAAUGCAGGCAGACGUCAACGUCUGGAUGAUCGAUUACCGUGACGUCUCGGCCGGGCCUCGUGAGUGUUAUUUGGCUGCGGUGUACAACCUGCCGGCGGUGGGGAAGUGCACUGCGCUUUUCGUGCGUAAAAUCAUUGAGCUAUCCGAGGUGGAACAGCCCGAAGAGGUGAUGCACGUGAUCGGUUUCAGCCUUGGUGGUCAAUUGGCCAGUCAGAUAUCCAAACACCUUAAGCCCAUCAAGUUGCCGAGGAUCACGGGACUGGAUCCGGCUCUGCCAUUGUUCUACAGCACGCACCUUAACAGAAGACUGAGUCGCAACGAUGCCGAUUUCGUGGACGUAAUACACACGAACGCUAUGAUCCAGGGCCAGUUGGCGCCAUGCGGUGACGUAGACUUCUAUGUCAACGGCGGAUUAGCGCAACCGGGCUGCCACAACAGUUCAAAUCCGAUCGGUUGUGAUCAUCACAUGGCUCCGACUUACUUCGCCGAGAGCAUCAGAUCGGCGACGGGAUUCUGGUCUUGGCCAUGUCCGAGUACGUUAGAUUACUUCUCUGGCAAGUGCCCACGACAAGGCGACCAUGAGCUCAUGGGAGAGUGCGUGAACCACAGUGCCAGAGGUCAAUACGUAUUGCACACGAAUAGCAAACCACCGUAUGCACAAGGCGACUGGACGCAGUAAACACUAGGAACUUUGAAGGAGAGCCGUGUCCUGCCACCCGACCUCACUGUUAUUAUAACGUUCGAAUAAACCAUGCAACUCACACGCCACUGGAACACGAAAAUAAUUAUUAUUAUGCCGUUGCGUUUUCGUUGAAUAUUUUAUCAACUAUUGUUUUAUUUUUUUUAAUUUUAAUAUUAUAUGUAGUCCGAGUUCAGAACGGACACAAAACAAUAAUAAUAUAAUAUACUAUGCUACAAUGUCGUUGGGUUUCAGAUUAAAAACAUGACAGUAAUAAAAUAGUAUUGUGUCCAGAAA